CUAAGAGUAGUAGCGAAGCAAUCACAGAGUCUUCUCCUAAAUUCUCUUUUCUUCUCAAGGAGUGUAAUUUUGUUAUUGUUGAAACAGGGGAAGAUAGUGUUUGGAACAGAAUUUGGAUUUUGUGACACUCUUUUUGUUUCACAAACAUUACAAAAUUUUUGUGUGACUGUGAAAUAUAAACAUAUAGCUAACUAUCUUCCUUACAACUAACAAAUGGAGACACGUUGUGAGAUAACGCAUUCAAAGUUCAACAGGAUUUGUGUGUUCUGUGGAAGUAGCCCCGGCAAGAAGAGUAGCUAUCAAGAUGCUGCCAUUGAGCUCGGCAAUGAACUGGUCUCAAGGAACAUCGAUCUGGUGUAUGGAGGGGGAAGCAUUGGUCUAAUGGGUUUAGUUUCUCAAGCUGUUCAUGAUGGCGGUCGCCAUGUCAUUGGAGUUAUUCCCAAGACGCUCAUGCCUCGAGAGCUAACUGGUGAAACGGUGGGAGAAGUAAAAGCUGUUGCUGAUAUGCACCAAAGAAAGGCAGAGAUGGCCAAACAUUCAGAUGCCUUUAUUGCCUUACCAGGUGGAUAUGGGACUCUAGAGGAGCUUCUUGAAGUCAUAACCUGGGCACAACUUGGGAUUCAUGACAAGCCGGUGGGAUUAGUAAAUGUUGAUGGAUACUUCAAUUCCUUGCUGUCAUUUAUUGACAAAGCCGUGGAAGAGGGAUUUAUCAGUCCAAAUGCUCGUCACAUAAUUGUAUCAGCACCAACAGCAAAGGAGUUGGUGAAGAAAUUGGAGGAUUACGUUCCCUGCCAUGAGGGUGUUGCUUCCAAGUUGAGCUGGCAGAUAGAACAGCAGCUUGCAUACCCUCAAGAUUAUGACAUGUCAAGGUAGUUAGGUUACUUCACGUGCACGGAAGAUGAGACCAUAUAGAAUUUUGAAGCUGGAAGAAGUUAUAUUUUCUAUCGUUGUUCUGUUUUUAUCCUUUUAAUUUCUUGUGUAAAUUACCAGGAUUGACCUUGAUAUGUGAUACUACUCUAUUAGUUAUUGCCAUUACUUGUGAAACUUCGAUUU